AUGGACGGACAGGGCCAGCGAGGCGACAUGAUCAGCCAGUCUGGACUCAGCAACUCCACGGAGAGCCUAGACAGUAUGAAGGCUCUCACAGCUGCCAUCGAAGCUGCAAAUGCCCAGAUCCAUGGCCCUGCGAGUCAGCACAUGGGCAACAACACGGCCACCGUCACCACCACCACCACCAUAGCCACCGUCACUACAGAGGACAGGAAGAAGGAUCACUUUAAGAAAAACAGAUGCCUCUCUAUUGGGAUACAGGUUGACGAUGCUGAAGAACCUGACAAAACAGGGGAGAAUAAAGUGCCCAGUAAGUUCCAGUCCAUAGGAGUGCAAGUAGAAGAAGAGAAGUGCUUCCGCAGGUUCACUCGAUCCAACAGUGUGACCACAGCAGUACAGGCCGACCUGGACUUCCAUGAUAAUCUGGAAAAUUCCCUGGAAUCUAUAGAGGACAAUUCAUGUCCCAACCCAAUGGCCAGACAGUUUUCCCGGGAUGCCAGCACCUCAACAGUUAGCAUUCAGGGCUCAGGAAACCACUACCACGCCUGUGCAGCAGACGAUGACUUUGACACAGAUUUCGACCCCUCUAUUCUGCCUCCCCCGGAUCCUUGGAUUGACUCUAUCACUGAAGAUCCUCUUGAGGCUGUUCAAAGGUCAGUGUGUCACCGAGAUGGCCACUGGUUUCUAAAGCUUCUUCAGGCAGAGCGAGACCGCAUGGAAGGGUGGUGCCAGCAGAUGGAGAGAGAAGAACGGGACAACAACCUGCCAGAGGACAUUCUAGGGAAAAUCCGAACCGCAGUGGGCAGUGCCCAACUUCUCAUGGCCCAGAAAUUCUACCAGUUCAGAGAACUGUGUGAAGAAAACCUGAACCCCAGUGCUCAUCCAAGGCCCACCUCCCAGGAUUUGGCGGGGUUUUGGGACAUGCUGCAGUUGUCCAUCGAAAAUAUUAGUAUGAAAUUUGAUGAACUUCAUCAGUUAAAGGCCAAUAAUUGGAAACAGAUGGAUCCUCUUGACAAGAAGGAGAGAAGGGUCCCUCCUCCAGUGCCAAAGAAGCCGGCGAAGGGCCCCGCGCCGCUGAUCCGGGAGCGCUCGCUGGAGAGCUCGCAGCGCCAGGAGGCCCGCAAGCGCCUGAUGGCUGCCAAGCGCGCCGCGUCCGUCCGCCAGAACUCGGCCACCGAGAGCGCGGAGAGCAUCGAGAUCUACAUCCCUGAGGCGCAGACCCGGCUCUGAGGCCUGUACCCGCAGCCCCGUCCCGUCCCGUCCCGUCACCACCGAGUGUCUGUCCUCCUCUCUCCUCCUCCUCCCCUUUCUCAGCCCUCCGCCUCUCCCCUCUGCCCCUUCCGAGACCAUGUGUCAAUGAGCUCGGUGACGUCCACCGUUGUGGUAUAGUUGUCAGUUUUGCAGGAGCUGUCCUCCAGUCACCCCUGCCCCGGGACAUGUUCGCCCAUAUUCUUCACGGAGCUUUGACCCUUGUCCUGAUGCUGUCGCCCUGCCUCAUACACGACCCUUUUUUUUUCUUGGCAAAACCAAACACACCUGUAUAGAAACGGCACCUUAGGUCCCGCGCCAUCCUCAGUUCUCUAAAGCUAGUCUGUUCUAGAGCUCAGCAAUAUCAAACCAUAGGGUGUUUCAGCAAUCCAGUAUCACAGGGUGAUCCUCUGGGACUCUACCGUCUUCCACAUGAGGAAACUAGGGCUCGGAUUCCCUUUUUUCCCCUAAAUGGCUAUUGUUUUUCAAAGCAGAUGGAGCACUUUGUUUCCAACCUCAGAAAUCACACCAUCUCACCGGAAAUAAGGAUUGACACACAGAGAGUUCAAUAAGACGGCUCGGGGAUGGGGGUCUGGGCCGUGUAGUUUGAAGGGGGCUGCAGGGGCUGACAUCUCCAGGGAUUCCUGCACCACUCACAGUUGCACGGCCUGCGUCACUGUUGUUUUAUCAAUCACAGCUUCAAACGUUCAAUCAGCAGAAGAUUGUCAAUUCGAUCUUUCAGGGAAAUCAAUCUAUUCUGAAAGGCAAUAAAAAGACGGAAAAGGACACAUUGUUGGUUUCAGACAACACUUAGGGAUUUUUUUUUUUUGUCCUGUUAUUAAGAACAAGGAGCCCUGGUGGCGCAGUGGCUAAAGCGCUUGGCUGCGAACCUAAAGGUCAGCGGUACUAACGCACCAACUGCUCCAAGGGAGAUAGGUGCAGCAGCCUGCUUCCGUCAAGAUUUACAGCUUUGGAAAUCCUGCGGGACAGUUCUACUCUGUCCUCUAGGGUGGCUAGGAGUUGGAAUUGAUGCGAGGACAAUGGGUUUUGAAUUACUAAGAACACUUAGACCUGAAAUGUUUUAUCCACUUUUAUUGUAACAUGUGUAUGUUGUGGUGGCAGUGGUUUUUAAAGGAGAAAGCCUUGGUUCCAUUAAUUUGUUAAGUGUCCAGCAUGGUGGGGCUACCCGAUUAGGCGUUAGUAAGUGCACAGUGCACGUCUGCUUGUGAAUGCCGUAAAUGGCAGCAAGGCUGUUUUCAGAGAGAAGUUUGGGUUUUCCUAUCAUCCUUUUGAAUGCUACACAUCUGUCUAUUUUAACCCAGUAGUUUGUGUUUCAGACAUAUUUUCUACUUUAGUUUCCUCUUUCUACUUACUAUAUAGAAUCUGUCGUAUCAUUCCUCACCUAUCAAUAAGGAUUUUGUCCUAUGCCAAACAGAUAAAAACAAGUUUUCUAACCCAAUUAAAAAAAAAAAAAUAGACAAGCUCAUUCCAAAGAGCUGUUUCUGUCAUCUUGAGAUUCCCUUUAGCGAGAAAAGAAGGUUGACCUGCGGGAUUCAGCAACCAUGAGGAGGGAGGAAAGUCGGACUCAAAAACACUGAAAGACAUCCAGGCUUUUGGCAGAGAAUACAGCUUUGCAGUUUUGGUCAGGACUGAUGGGCAGCGUGCCCUCUGCACCUAGCUGCGGUUCUUGUUAAACGCCCUUCCUUGUAGCAGUUUAAACAUUUAGAAUGUGGCAAUCUUAAAGUGUCACUGGCGUUUUAUGUCCAGCUCACACCCUAAACCAUUAGAAAUUACCGUGGAAAAAUGAAAGACUUUUAAAACCAUGCAUAAAAUACUCUUGCAACAGAGAAGCUUUUUAAAAAUACACUCUCAUAGCCAGGUGCUAAUUUAAUUUUAUUCGUGAAAUUAAGAGAGGCGAUGGAUUCUGGCAACAAAUACCAUCAUGAACAUGUAAAACCACUAGGGAAUUCGCACCUCACAGAGCCAUUGACGCUUUGAGCUAUUUCUAUAAACAGGGCACAAAUGUUUACUGCUGUGGUUUACAAGAAAAGGGCUACUAACAUUUUAAAACCAACCAACUUUUAACUAAGGAGAGCAAAGCACCUUGAGUGCUUUGUAAAAUUGGAGCAUGCAGAGAUCUUGAGCUUCAAGUUUUUGCCAGUUUUUAAAAGAAUACACCUUUUCUUUACCUUGUAGCAGCAAUGAAAGGUCACACGAUGUUUGCAUCCAGUAACGCCGACUGCCACCUUGGGUAGCCUAUGGUUGCGUUCAAUACCGAAAAUGACUUGGAACUCACAGGUUAACAGGAAGGAAGCGGCAUCCAUUUGGCGAUUCACAUUCACAACUGCAGCUCAGUGCCCUGAGGUAGAGCUAGGGUUUGGAUUAAGAAAUAUAUCGAUAAAACAGUUGAAGAUCAUCCUACGAUGUUUUCUUUGGAAACCGAUUUAGCCCAGGAUAUUUUAAAGAGAGACAAGUGAAGGCCUAUUUAUCUUGGAAUGGUAUUUGUAUAUUCAUAUUUUUGGUAAGAAUUUUAAAUCUUUUAGCUGAAUGACUACUUGUUCAUAUGUGAACAGGGCAUCACGACCUUUGCCUUCCUUAAUACAAUUUAAAUUGUACAAACACUUUAUAAAAAGCUAAUUCUUGAUGUUAAAAAAAACAUGGCCCCAAGCAAUGCUGCUUGUUAACCACUUGACCCCUUAAACUAACAUUCAUGAGCAUAACCUUUGUUACACUGUUCUUUUUGAUGUAAUUUGUAGUAAUGUUUUUUAGUUCAUAAUGGAAAAUGUAUGUACCCUGGAAAAUUAUUUUGUUUAACUUUGGUAUAAAGCUGUUGGGCAUUUUCUUGGGGAGGGGGGAUUACAAAAGAAAAGUUUGUCUCCCACAUCAAAAAAAAAAAAAAAAAUUCAAAGAAA